AUGUCGACGCCCUCGAUUCAUGUCUUGGGCAUAUCAGCGGCGCCACCUGGAGGGGAUGAGGUAUUCUCAGGGGCCGAAGACAAAUCCGCCGCCGGCUCGCGGUUACGUCUUCAUGGUCGGAUUACAGUGUUGGGUCAAGACGAGUCUUUCGACAAAGUCAAGAUCCGUCUGCGAGGAGCGGUACGGACAAAGAUUGGCGCACGGAUGGCGGUUGAAAAGCUCUCAACUUCAUCAGUGAAGCGAACAAACCUGGAUUUCAAACCAGCCUAUUCCCCUUCACAACAACACACCGACGAACAACAGCUCGAUUUUGCAUGUAUUGUCCCUCUGACCAGAGAUCGACGGAAGCCAUCAUCGGUGACGACGCCCGCCCAUGACGCCAGAUCUCGCUACUUCAACGACAAGCUCGACAGACUGGUUCCUUCCAUGACCAUGUCCGGGUCGACGUACAUCACGCGAGUCACAGCAUUGAAGGACAGACAUCUCGUCCAAGGGUCAUGCGAGGUCGUUUAUUGGCUUGAAACCGAGUUUCUCCGAUCCCAGACUGGCGAGGUCGUCCGCAAACUGAGCUGUCCAGCUGACAUCUCCUCGCUGACCAUGCUGAUGAGGGCCGAGGUUGGGGACAUGUCGUCCAACGACCCCACAGGCCACUUGGAACAAGUUGCCAAACCCCAGCAAUUGCGGACAAUGGAUCGCUUCUUCCACUCGACCACUCGACCCGAAGUGUCUAUUCAGAUGCCGAAAAUCCUAGGCUAUCUGGUGUCAGACUCGUCUAGUCUGGCCACUGGCUGUCGUCGUCUUUCUAUCCCGGUGACGGUCGAUGUUGCUCUGCCUUUGUCUACAUCCGACCAGAGGCAACGACAUCUAGAGGUCCAGACACAGUGCCUGAAAUGCACGGUGAAAACCAAGUGGUUCACCCGCAAGACUUUCACCACCGGCCCAUCAUCUAUGGACUCGGCCAUUAACAACACUACCGCCUCUGCACAGGACAUGGUUUUGACUCUGCCGCCGUUAUACAACGGAUCUGGAGACGGAGAUGGAAAUGGAAAUGGAAAUUCAGCCGCAGGGUAUCGCAAAUACUCCACCUCGAUGGAUCUGGAUCUUCUGCUGCCCGAAUCGGUUGCUGGACCAUCGAUAACAACGGAACUACUGCAUGUCAACUAUAUCCUGGAUUUGGCCAUGAAAUUCGAGUCGGAAGACAUGUUGACCACUCCGUACACAGCUCAUGUCAGUCUGCCCGUCACACUGCGCGUUGCUGAGCCUUGUUUGGUCAGUACCCGACAUACUUAUGACCCUUUAUUGGGAUAUCUGGAGGAGGAUGUGGAUGAGAUGCUACAUGCUCCUCCUCCAUACAUGCCGUGA